GUUAAUAUAGAUACCAAUUAUCUAAGUUGCUGAUAUUUAGAUAGUUCAUCCUAUUUAUAUUAAUAAAAAGGAAGUACAUAAUAUGGCCAUCGCUUACAUUGGUGACAAUUAUUUUUAUUCCAUCUAAUUAUUGAUUUUAGAAGACCAUUAUAAGAUUUGAAUCACAGAUUUUGUUUUGGUUGCUCAGAUUUCAAUAUUUCCCUUUGAUUUAUCUUCUAGAAGCCUUCCAGUGAAAGAGAUCUUUUGAUAUGCAACUUUUUUUUUCAUAAAAGUUGUCAUAACAUUUUCUUGCUUUUCCACGCGAGUCUAAAAAAACAAGAGGACUCAUUAAAGACACAUUGGCACUAGAAAAAAAUGCACAACAACAAAUCCUUAAGACUGGGAUAGCCUUGACUUGGUAUGACCAAUUUUUUUUUCCUCUCCCAUGGUAAGCAUAAAAUCGACUCAAUGCUCUCGUUUGAUCAUGAAUGAGCAGUUCAGUGGAAGGGAAGUACAAAACGCUGUGUUCAAUGCGGGGUAUGGGACUGCCCUCACCGUUGUCUGCGCUCUUUUUGAUGCAAAUCUGUGGCUAUUAUCUCGUUCCCUUACGCACUAAGGAAUGAAUCUAAUUGUAGUGCACUAACGUUGUCAAAAUUAAGCAAGAACGCUGCAUGCGAUUACAAUUAGAUUAUUCCUAUGUUUAGCUAUACUGAUAGGAAUUUAUUUGCUGGUUUUUAUAAAGUGACCUACUUUACCAGCAAACUAAAAUCUUUUCUAUACUCGAGAAAAAUGCAUGCAUCAAAAUAAUCUGUAUGCGCGGAAUGUUUAUUUUAUAUCACUAUUGAUCAUUAUAAAUUCAUUUUCACCUCCAUUUAUUUCUUUUUACACUUUUAAUUUUUAUUCAAAUAAGGGGAAAACGAACUCAACAAAUGGAGUAACUAUCUUUACAAUUUUAAUUCACUCCUAAAACCUUAAAUUAGAUUAACUUAAAAUAUGAAAGUGUGUAAAGCAGUAGUGCAAUAGUAAGAUGAUUACUUUUAGUUCAUUAACAUUUUACUACCAGUACAUGCGAGAUAGUAACUAAAUUGUUUUUAAUUUACGAAAUAAUUUGAGUGUUGUGCAUACCUAUUUCACUUUCCUUAUCUUUGCUAUUUAAUCUUUGAGUAUAUGGGUAGUUUUUCACCAAACACACUCCUCUUCCAUCAGUCCUAUUCUAAACUAUCGCAAACCCCAACAAUUGGCACCUGUGAUCAUCUCUGAGUUAUUAGUUGAGCUCUUUUUUUUUAUUUCUCCACUUUCUAUUAAUUCACAAUACAAAUUCAAAAAAAAAAAGAUAGUUCGCACGAGCUGUUCAUGUCCCUUUUUCACCGAAUUCACGGCGCGACGUUCUUUCCCGCGUUACGGCAGAGGGCGCGCGCGUCCGACGGCCUGCGAGGGGUCUUUCCGCGGCGCCGAAUCCCCCGCGGUUCCGCCAUUCUCACCAUCCCCCUCCCCUACGCCUACUUCCCGCACGGUCUUCCCCCGCAGGGCCCUUUUCCCUCUUUUAAGGGCGGCGGGUCAUCACACGAAAGGGGCGAUUUUCGCCAAUUGCGCCGCGAGAACCGCCAGAUCGCGCUGCUGCCGGAAUUUUGGACGUGGCUUCGCCGGCUCUCGCCGGACGUCGUAAAGGGAAGAAAAAACGGAGAGAAUGGAGAAGUGGAAACGGAUGCAGAAGAAGAAGAAAGAGGGAGCGUGGCGUUGAGCGCGUCGGCCUCUCUCGAGGGAAGUUCUCCUGCGGUGGUAUCGCUGAGUUUAACGCCAGUGGAGGCGGCGUUGGUGGUUUGCAUCGCCCUUCGGUAUUUUUUUACCACCGCGUUGGCGAUUCCGCCGCGAACUCGCGCGGCGCUUCGUUUGGGGAGCUCUUUUAGCAUGGAUGUGGGGGAACUUUACGUCCGCUCGCUGCCGAUCCCGCUUUAUCUCACCUAUGGCCUGGAGGGUUUUUUCAAGCAGGCUCUUGGAGAUGAGGCGAAUGCGCAUUCCUGCCUUGAGCAGCUCGCGUGGAAUUUGCGCGAUGCUUGUUUGACCUACGCGUCAAUGGAAGAAUAUCGCCUGAUGGACACAAAUCCAUCCAUAUUUGACGAUGUUCUUCUAGCGGUGUUGUACAUCGUCCGCGCGCGUGUUUUUCAGAUCCCACUUCUUUUUGGUGAGAACCCGCUGCGGGAUCGUUUAAUUAGCGUGUAUGCGCCUGGUUUGGAUAGUCUAAAUCACGCUGAUGAGCAUCAUUGCACAGCAGCAGCGGUGGUUUCGGCGAAAAGUCGGAGUAUUGUUGUGCGAGCUGUGCGUGAUAUUCUCCCGGAUGAGGAGAUUACAUUUGAUUAUUCCUCACAGAAUCGCAUUCCUGCGGAUCGUCUGAUGUUUAAGCGCAAUGCACGCUGUAGAGAUCGUUCAGAUAAAAAUUCUCAUGAAAUCAUGGUCGGGGAAACUUGUGAAUCGCGUUAUUUGUUCAGUAGAGAUUAA